CAACACUCUUGUUUGUUUCGUCAAUUCUGAGGUAAAAGAAAGUAAGAGAAAGAGACAGAGAGAUUCACACACCUGCUUUCAAUUUCGGCUGAAAGAGUGAGAGAAAGUUGCAAUGGCGAAAAAGGCAGUAUUGAUCGGAAUCAACUACCCGGGCACCAAGGCGGAGCUGAAAGGUUGCAUAAACGACGUGUGGCGGAUGCAGCAGUGCCUCGUCGAGCGUUACGGCUUCUCCGAAGACAACAUCACCGUGUUGAUCGACACGGACAAAUCGUACACGGAGCCGACGGGGAAGAACAUCCGGUCGGCGUUGACCUCGCUGGUCCGAUCGGCGGAGCCCGGAGACGUGCUCUUUGUGCACUACAGCGGACACGGAACGCGUCUUCCUGCGGAAACGGGAGAGGAUGAUGACACUGGAUUUGAUGAAUGCAUUGUUCCUUCUGAUAUGAACCUCAUCACUGAUGAUGAUUUCAGGGAAUUUGUUGAGGGGGUCCCUAGUGAUUGUAAGCUCACAAUAGUAUCAGAUUCUUGCCAUAGUGGUGGCCUAAUUGACGGAGCUAAGGAGCAGAUAGGAAAUAGUACGAAGAGAGAUGAGCAACAUUCUGGUUCUGGCUUUGGUUUGUCCAGUUUUCUACGUCGUACUGCGGAGGAUGCCAUUGAGUCUCGUGGAAUUCAUAUUCCUUCAGCAUUGCGCCAUCAUAGACACAAGUAUGAUGAUGAAACUGAUGAUAGGGACAUUGAACUUCCACAUGAGCAGUAUGGCCAUGUAAAAAAUAGGUCAUUGCCACUUUCUACUGUCAUAGAGAUACUGAAGCAGAAAACUGGAAAAAGUGAUAUCGAUGUUGGGAAAUUGAGACUUUCACUUUACGAUAUUUUUGGGGAAGAUGCUAGCCCUAAAGUAAAGAAGUUCAUGAAGGUUAUAUUGAACAAACUCCAACACGGGGAUGGUGGAAGUGACAAACACGGUGGAAUCUUGGGGUUGGUGGGUAGUCUUGCCCAAGAGUUUAUCAAGCAAAAGCUGGAUGCUAAUGAUAAUGGAUAUGCAAAACCUGCCAUGGAAACACAGGUAGACAGUAAGUAUGAAGCGUAUGCUGGAUCAACAAAGCCUCGUCUUCCAGACGGUGGAAUUCUGUUGAGCGGUUGUCAGACUGAUCAGACCUCUGCAGAUGCAAGUCCAGCCGGUAAUGCUGCCAAUGCUUACGGAGCUUUCAGCAAUGCAAUACAGGCUAUAAUUGAGGAGACACGUGGUGCAGUCACAAAUCAAGAACUUGUUUUGAAGGCAAGAGAGAAGCUUAAGAGAGGAGGUUUCACCCAAAGACCAGGACUCUACUGCAGUGAUCACCAUGUUGAUGGUUCUUUCGUGUGCUGAUAAAUUUUCAUCUAGUGCAGAAAAAGGGAAUAAUUUAUGAUUGGUAUGGCAUGCUUGUGUAUUACUAUGUUUGGGACAAUCAAUGUUGCUCAAAAGGAAUA